AUGACGGGCGAGGACGUUAAUGAUGGGCCACUGCAGCUGACCCCGACCUCAUCGACCGCCGUGCCUCUCCCCGGCCGAGUGUCUGCAGUCCUGUCAGCUGCAGAGAAGUUUAAAGGGCAGCCAUCGUCCCCGGCCACCCACCCUGCCAUUAAUAAUGUUUUCAUCUGUGACAGUGACAAACCUGCAGUACUUGUGGAGAGUUUAUUAAGCCCGAAGCCAAAGCGCCAAAAUCCGAGGGAAGGCGAGGAGGGGGCGGUGGUGGAGGCGGCUGCGGGGCCCGGGCUCUGCUGCGCCUUCGCCUGCCUAAUCCCCUUUGCCAUUCGGCCCCCCGCGGCAGCCAAGGGGGCCCUGGAGGGUGCCGCGGGCUUCGCGCUCUCGCAGGUGGGCGACCUGGCUUUCCCCCGCUUUGAGAUCCCGGCACAGAGCCUUGCCCUGCCUGCGCACUACCUGGAGCGCUCCCCGGCCUGGUGGUACCCCUACACUCUGACCCCCGCCGGCGGCCACCUCCCGAGACCUGAAGCCUCGGAGAAGACCCUCUUGCGAGACUCCUCCCCCGCCUCCGGCACUGACCGCGACUCUCCGGAGCCGCUGCUCAAGACCGACCCGGAUCACAAGGAGCUGGACUCCAAAAGCCCGGACGAGAUCAUCCUGGAGGAGAGCGACUCUGAGGAAGGCAAGAAGGAGGCCGAGGCAGCGCCGGGCGCGGCCGGGGCGACUGGCGGGGCGGCAGCGGCGGCGACGCCGGGGACCGAGGACUGGAAGAAGGGCGCCGAGAGUCCGGAGAAGAAGCCCGCGUGCCGCAAGAAGAAGACGCGCACUGUCUUCUCGCGCAGCCAGGUCUUCCAGCUCGAGUCCACCUUCGACAUGAAGCGCUACCUGAGCAGCUCCGAGCGCGCUGGCCUGGCUGCGUCGCUGCACCUCACCGAGACGCAGGUCAAGAUCUGGUUCCAGAACCGUCGCAACAAGUGGAAGCGGCAGCUGGCGGCGGAGCUAGAGGCGGCCAACCUGAGCCACGCCGCCGCGCAGCGCAUCGUGCGAGUGCCCAUCCUCUACCACGAGAACUCAGCGGCGGGGGGCGCGGCGGCUGCGGCCGCGGGGGCCCCGGUGCCGGUCAGCCAGCCACUGCUCACGUUCCCGCACCCAGUCUACUACUCUCACCCGGUGGUCUCGUCCGUGCCGCUGCUUCGGCCAGUUUGAGGCCCAGGAGGGGCGGGGGAGGGAGCGCCCGGCCCCCUUCCCGGACCCCGGAGGAGACUGGGCCGGGUCGAGGGCGCCAAGACGUCCAGCGGCCUUCGGGAACUGGGGCUUCGCAGCGCCGCCCCGGCCUCCCC